GACCAGUGAAAGCUAUCAAGACAGAAAAGGAAUAACCAAACCCAAAAGAAAUCAGAAGCCAAUCUUCAUAAGCCAAUAAUACAUGUGUAUAAAUCGAACCAUUCAAAGCUCCCAUUUUCCCUCAGACAUUCAAUAUUACGAGAGAGUGAGAAUUGAAGUCACUUGCAUACUAAUUACUCAACAUAUGACGACGGAGGGAAAGCCAUUUGCAGCAGCUAAUCGGGUUUUCGAAGAUAUUGAACUGCCAUCAUCGGCAGAGUGGGUUCAAGAGGAAGGAUAUGACACUCUCAUCGUCAAUCUGCAAGGAUAUAAGAAGGAGAACCUGAGGAUCCAGGUAACCUCAACUCGGAACAUACGGGUGCUCGGUGAACGCCCAGUUCGUCCAGAAAACAAUAUAUGGCAGCGCUUCCGCAAGGAAUUUCCAGUUCCAUCAAAUUGUGAUGUUAAUGAAACCUCCGCCAGGUUUGACAACGGCUUCCUUUACGUCAAGAUUCCGAAAACAAUAGCUCCGGUUAUCGAAACAGCAGCAGCAAAUAAGGAUCAGAAACCACAAAAGCCAGCCACCGGAACAGCACCACCACCGCCCACAGAAUCAAAUCCAAAGCCUCGGAAGCCCACAAGCAGCACUACUGCUUAUGUACCACACACUGCAGCAGCUUCAACUCAAAAGAAUCUUAACAAUAAUGCGCAAAGGUGGACCAAUCCUGCGGCUCAAGAACAAAUACCGCCUAAUUCGAGUGCCAUUAAGGAGAACAAAACCGAUGGAUCAUCAUCAAAAGUUAAUAGUGGAUCACAAGCAAAGUAUGCUAACAAUGCUGCAACAGCUGAACCGAAGGCACCCGAUCAGAAGGAGAAAGUAGUAGCAGCUGUUACUACUGAUCAACCAAGAAAGGUGAAUAAGAUAAGUACUACUACUUAUGAGGAGGGAGUAGCUGAGGGUCGCACUAAUGGUGCUUCUAAGAAGUUCACAUCAAUGGAGAAAGAAAAGAGGGAUGUGUUUUCAGCAAAUGCUCAAAUUGUGGAAGAAAGAUCAUCACCUAAUACUGAAGAUGUUGAUCGCAGUAAAAGGGUUGAUGAGGAAAAUGCAAAAACUGAAGAGUAUUGUAGUAGGACACAAGGCGGGCGUGGUUAUUACAGGCAGGUUGUUGAUGGGUUAAUCAUGGAGCUCAAGGAGCCAAGGAAGAUGGUAAACUUGGCUGUGGCAUUUGGACUUGUUUUAGUACUUAGCUUAUAUGUCAAAUAUGCUGUCAAUUCCAUUAAGGAAUUCCGCCAAGAGCUGUAA